GUACCUAAAGUUAUUCGAGACAAGAAAAAUCACCGCUAAGUAAACCUCAAAAUAUCUCUCUUCAGAGGAAAAAAAAGUUUCAAUUUUUCUUCAAAUUCUAAAGAGGAAACGAAAAAUCCUUUAAACCCACAUCAUCGUUUCUCUUUGCUGUUGUUUUUUCCUCCCAGUUAAGAAACCCAGUAAAUAAAACAGGUCCUUUUUUUUGUUGUGUCGCUGAAAGCCUCCUUUUUCAAUGAGACAUCAACGGCACAGCAAUGUUUACAUCAGUAGACCUUUGUCUCCACCAACGCAGACGCCGCGUUGUGGAAUAAGAGACUGUGAGCUUGAAGAAAACAGCCGGUUUUCUCAUGCUAAUGAGUCUCGAAGUCCGGCGAGGAGAGAGAACCAACAACAUGGCAAUGUCAGGACACGGGAAGAAGUCGAAGGAAACAGGCGGUUCUCACGUUCUUAUCAGUCUCGAAGUCCGGUUUGGGCUGAACCACCCAGGUCUAGACAGGAUGGGAGAGAGCGCCAACAGCUUGGCGAUGUGAGAACUCGAACCCCACCUCGAAAGCGGGAUGAAAUCGAAGGGAACAGGCGGUUUUCACAAUCUCACCGGUCUCGAGGUCCUGAUUGCGCUGAGCCACCCAGGUCUAGACAGGAUGGGAGAGAACACCAACAGCUUUGCGAUGCGAUAACUAGAAUCCCACCUCGAAAGCAGGAUGAAAUCGAAGGGAACAGACGGUUUUCACUUUCUCAUCGGUCUCGAAGUCCGGUUUGGGCUGAACCACACAAGUCUAGACAGGAUGGGAGAGAACACCAACAACAUGGCGAUGUCAGGAUUCGGUCUCCACCUUGGAAUCGUGAAGAAGGAGUAACAAUCAUGCGGUCUUCUGGUUUAAAUCAGCCAGUUGAGCCGGACCGAUUGGGUUCGGUACAUAGGAGAGAGGGUGAUAGGCGGUUUAAUGAAGAGAGAGAUGAGCAUUUGGAAAAACUGUCACAGUUUUGCGAGUCUUUGUCGAAGAAAGGAUCAACCUUCAACAAGUUUCAAUGGGACAAUUUACUAGCACAAGAAAAUCAACCCAAGAAUGGAAGUGCAAAUUUGGGUCCUUCAGUUGAUCCUUGGAAAACCAGUGGGAUUGUUGUUGAUUCUGGUGUGGUCCCCGCAUCAAUGUCAAUGGAGCAUGUGGGGCCAAGAAGCCAUUUUGAGUGCUGCUUGGAUGCCACAACAAGGGGUGACAAUCAUGGGCUUAUUGAUGGUGGCAUUGGUAAUGUCAAUGUGUCGCCUUUUGGCGAACCUGUUAGGGAGAGGUUUGAAAGGAGAAGUACUAGUGUUAUCGACCCAAUUGUGGACAAAUUUGAAAGGAAUGAUGCUUCUGUAGUAGGGCAUCGUUAUGUUGAAAGGGUUAGGGUGUCACAUUCAAUGAGGCAAGAGGAGAAAGAUGUGAAAGAUUGUAGGAAUGAUCAUGGAGACUAUGGGGUUUUUAUUAGGGAGAGGGGAAAUAUGGGUUCACUUCCCAUGGAAUCCUCAUUUCAGAACAUGAAAAAUAUCAGAGGAAAGACUUGCUUUGUUGACAUGAUUGAUGGAAAUGAUGCUGCUCUUAAUGAGCACAUGAGAGAGAACAGGAUGUUGGACAAUCCUGGGGUUUUUGGAGAAAGGUACCCUUAUGCUGAACGGGUUAGUGUUUUCCAUUCAAUGGAACUAGAUGGGAGAGAUAAGGACUGCAGAAGUGAUCCUGUGGAGUAUGGAUUUAUUCAAGAUAAGAAUGAGUCUCAUUUGAGGAAAACUUUUGUUCGUGAGCGAGCUAAUGUGGGGUCACUGCCCAUGGAAUCCCCAUGUGAAAACAUGAGUGUGUUAAGGAAAAGGACUUGCUUAGUUGACCCAAUUGCUGACAUGAUUGAUGGAAAUGAUACUGCUCUUGGAGAGAGAAUGAGAACAAGCAGGAUUCUGGACAAUCUUGGUGGUUUCCAAGAAAGACCUAUCAAUGUUAGCAGUGUGUCGUUGCGUUCAUUCGAGCAAGAUGAUAAAGAUGAGGAAGCUUUGGUUUCUAGGAAUGACAACAUGUACUAUGAGAUGGAAGAGUGUUUGGAUCCUGAGAACUUGAAGUCAACAGAGGAAUGUGGUUUUGAAGGGGAUGGGGGUAGCAUUGGGUCUUGUGGAGAUGGUUAUAAGAGGGUGCCGGUAUCAUAUGAUGGACUGUAUGCGACUGAGAAUAGUUCGCAAAGGGUGGUCAUGGAAGAGCAGCCUGGUAUUCAUGGGCAUUCAGAAUACAUGCUCGACGGACGGCAUAUUUUCGACAUGGAAGCUAGCAUUCAUGAUCAAAGAAGUGUGAUAUCUUCUGAUUGGAAUGACAUUGAGCGGAUGCAUGAUGUGAGCUAUAGAGAUGGAAAGUGGACUAAUCAGGAUAAUGAGCAAUAUUCUUCAUUGGAGAACUCGGGAUUGAGGCAUUUGCAAAGUGGGAGGGAUGGAUGGAUGAUUGAUGACAGGGCAAGCCAUGAAGAUGCCUAUUCUUUCCAUCCCUUACCUUCUACAGAUAGGCAUCUAAGCGAGCUUGUUGAACCUCCGAAAAGCAAUGUGAAGCAGCGUUUGGGGCCUCUGCGAAAUGUGAAGCAGCGUUUGGGUUCUGUGCGAAAUGUCAAACAGCGUUUGGGGCCUCCUCAAAAUGCGUGUAAGAGCUUGGGGGCUGCUCAGAAAGCUCGAAGGAAACUUCCUUGGGUUAAGAUAUAUGAAGAACAAUGCCUGUAUGAUUCUGACGGAACUCAUAAUAUUCAAGGAGUAAAAUCCUCAGAAAUGAAGAAGAAACAUGCAAAUACUGAAACAUCUAAGGACUCUGAUGAGUUCAUGCAUCUGGUGCAAAGGGCUUUCUUAAAGUUCUCCAAACUUUUGAACGAGAAUUCGGCUAACAGAAGGAAAUACCAGGAGAAGGGAGGAAAUGCUAAUUUGAAGUGCUGCGUAUGUGGCAGCAACUCCAAAGACUUUGUGGACACAUUGAGCUUGGCACAACAUGCGGUCAUGUCUUCUAAGGGCAGUUUCAGAGCAGAGCAUUUGGGUCUUCACAAAGCGCUUUGUGUUUUGAUGGGAUGGAAUAGUGCUGGAUUCCCUAACAGUCAAUGGGUUUGGCAGAUAUUGCCUGAGGUCGAAGCCUCAUCACUGAAAGAGGAUCUCAUCAUAUGGCCGCCAGUUGUUGUUAUACACAACAUAUCCAUAGCAAAUGAUAAUCCAGAUGAACGGAUUAUUGUAAGUGUUGAAGGGCUCAGACAUAUUCUCAGAGGUAUGGGUUUUGGUCAAGGGAUAACCAACAUCUGCCGUGGCAAAGCUGCAAAUCAGAGUACCAUGGUGGUCAUCUUCGGUCAGACCUUUUCUGGGCUGCAAGGAGCCGAGAGGCUUCACAAGCUUUAUGCUGAGAGCAAACGUGGAAGGACCGAGUUCCAGCAAAUUGGUCUACACGGGAGUCUGCAAACUCAAGGGGUGUCAUCAAACACAAAAGAAAACGUUCUAUAUGGCUAUCAGGGAAUUUCAAUUGAUCUGGAUAAACUUGAUUUUGAGACCAAAAAACGAUGUGUUGUGAAGAGCAAGAAGGAGAUAAAGGCUGUUGCAGAUUUUGCUCUGAACACUGAAUGAGGAAAUUUGAUCUGUAUAAAAUAGGUCACAAUUAGAGAACAGGUUUUUUUCCUUCUGAUUUCUGUUCGGUACAAACUACAGAUACAAUUGCUUGGCUUUCGUUCUUUUCUUGGCAAAGAACUGGAUGUAUAGUUCUUGACUGGAUGCCCAGCUCGAUUGUAGACAAGGUUAAUGGUUUGUCUAAUCACUUUAGUGCUCGUUAAUAUUU